AUGGCACAAACUCUGGUUUUCUGUUUGUUUGGUGAAUUUAUCAAGAUCAAAACUGAUCAGCUAUCGAUAAAUCUGUACUUGAGCAAUUGGUAUGAGUUGAACUUGAAGACGCAGAAGACAUUCCUGCUAAUCCUCAGGAUGACCCAAAGGCGAUAUGGUUUGAGAGCAGCAGGAAUUAUUCAUCUAAUGGCCGAAUUGAGCAUCUUAGACGAAUAUAACAAAUUAUCCGUUGAUAAAAUCAAAACUAAAUCAGAAUUUUUCAAAACAAUUAUAGAGAAACACUGCAAAGUUAUAAAACACAUCAAUAUCUACAACGAGGCUCUCAAUGAAAUGUCAUUGAUUCAAUUCUUCAGCAGCACAUGUAUUUUGCUGUUCAUGUUCGUGUACGCAAGAAAGGAAAACGACAAAAUCGCAACAUACAUUAUGCUUCCUUGCGUUCUUGUGCAAAUUUUUGCUCUUUGCUUUUUUGGGGAGCUCAUGAAGGUGAAAAUGGAUAAACUGUCAAUUAACUUGUAUCAAACGAAUUGGUAUGAACUGAGCCUUAAGGAACAGAAAGUAUUUCUUCUCAUCCUCGCAAUGAUGCAAAGACAGUAUGGAUUGAAGGCGGCAGGAAUCGUGUCCAUGUGUGCAACUUCCCACAAUCCACUUUAUUGCUCUUCCUGGCCGCGUUGGAGCGGAAGGGCGCUCAGUAAGACGGAAACCUACAUCACUUUUACAUCAAUUGUUCCAAAGUCUAUUCGGAUUACGGAACAGAUUUCCACACUCGCGCCGUCCAAGCAUUCUGGCAAAGCUGCUUCACAGUGA